GCGAGAGGCCGAGCUUCGCCGCGCCCCCACUCCCUCCUCCCCCUCCCUUCCUGCUGCUCCUUCCUGCCCUCCCCCCCGCCUUCCGCUGCAACAUGGCGAACAACAGCCCGGCGCUGACAGGCAGCAACUCGCAGCCGCCGCCGCAGCACCAGGCGGCCGCCGCCGCGGCCCAACAGCAGCAGCAACAGUGCGGCGGCGGCGGUGGUGGCGCCAUUAAGCCGGCCGCCUCGGGCAAGCAGGGUAAUGUGCUGCCGCUAUGGGGCAACGAGAAGACCAUGAAUCUGAACCCUAUGAUCCUAACCAAUAUCCUGUCGUCGCCCUACUUCAAAGUGCAGCUCUACGAGCUCAAGACCUACCACGAGGUGGUGGACGAGAUUUACUUCAAGGUCACACAUGUUGAGCCGUGGGAAAAAGGAAGCAGAAAAACAGCAGGCCAGACAGGGAUGUGCGGAGGGGUUCGAGGUGUUGGAACAGGAGGAAUUGUUUCUACAGCUUUUUGCCUGUUAUACAAGUUAUUUACUUUGAAACUCACUCGCAAGCAAGUGAUGGGUCUCAUAACACAUACAGAUUCUCCAUAUAUUAGGGCCCUUGGAUUUAUGUAUAUAAGGUACACACAGCCCCCAACAGAUCUCUGGGAUUGGUUUGAAUCCUUCCUUGAUGAUGAAGAGGAUCUGGAUGUGAAGGCUGGCGGAGGCUGUGUAAUGACCAUUGGGGAAAUGCUUCGUUCUUUUCUUACCAAAUUAGAGUGGUUUUCUACCUUAUUUCCAAGAAUUCCUGUUCCAGUUCAGAAAAAUAUUGAUCAACAAAUUAAAACAAGGCCUAGGAAAAUCAAGAAGGAUGGGAAGGAAGGAAUUGAAGAAAUAGACCGACAUACUGAACGUAGACGUUCAAGAUCACCAAGAAGGUCACUGAGUCCAAGAAGAUCUCCAAGAAGAUCUAGAAGUAGAAGCCAUCAUCGAGAAGGUCAUGGUUCUUCUAGUUUUGACAGAGAAUUGGAAAGAGAGAAGGAACGGCAGCGAUUAGAACGUGAGGCCAAGGAGAGGGAAAAAGAAAGACGAAGGUCUCGAAGCAUUGAUCGCGGGUUAGAGCGCAGACGGAGCAGAAGCAGGGAGAGGCAUAGAAGUCGCAGUCGAAGCCGUGACAGAAAGGGAGAUAGGAGGGACAGAGAUCGUGAAAAAGAGAAUGAGAGAGGCCGAAGAAGAGACCGUGAUUAUGACAAAGAAAGAGGCAAUGAAAGAGAAAAAGAGAGGGAAAGGUCAAGAGAGCGAAGAAGUAGGAGUGAGGUAGAAGAAAAGAAGCAUAAAGAGGACAAAGAUGAAAAGAAGCACAGGGAUGACAAAAAAGAUUCCAAAAAAGAGAAAAAACAUAGUAGAAGUAGAAGCAGGGAAAGAAAACAUCGAAGUAGAAGCCGAAGUAGAAAUACAGGAAAACGUAGUCGAAGCCGGAGCAAAGAAAAGUCAAGUAAACAUAAAAAUGAGAGUAAAGAAAAAUCAAAUAAACGAAGCAGGAGUGGCAGUCGAGGAAGAACUGGCAGUGUUGAGAAGUCAAGAAAACGGGAACACAGUCCCAGCAAAGAAAAAUCCCGAAAACGGAGCAGAAGCAAAGAGCGUUCUCACAAACGAGAGCACAGUGAUAGCAAGGACCAGUCUGACAAACAGGAUCGCCGGAGGAGCCAGAGUACAGAGCGCGAGAGCCAAGAAAAGCAGCAUAAAAACAAAGAUGAGACUGUGUGAAGUUUUUUGUUCUUAAUUUUCUUUUUUUUUUUUUUCUUUUUUUUGGUUUAUUUUGUAAAAGUGGAUCACAUUGAAUCCUAUAAAUGUUUGAUUAAAUCCUGCUUAUUUUUCUUCCUUAAAGUUGAGAUUGUGCAGUAGUUACGCACUUUUCAACCUCCCUAUAUAUAGGCUGCAGAUUUUCAUUUCCCAUUUUGUGUAGGGAAGUGCCUUUGUAAUCCCAUUUAUUGACUUUCCAUCCGUUUGUUGAGUUUAAUUCAUGAUGCAACGAUUGUUCUUGCAUUUUUAUUGUUUGGUUGUUUCUGAAAUGUACAGUCUGUACAUAUGUCCUGAAAAUGUUUUAAUUCCUUUGGCAUGGUUGCCAUGUUGGUUAAAUUUGUAUAAGGCAAUAAACUGCCACUAAUUCUACUUUUGUUUUGUAGAUGUGGGAUUAUGGUUUCUGUACUGAAGUUAGCAUGGCUGUGCUUUGCAUAAUAGGAACUGAAGACUUUCAGGAUGAGUCUUGAAUGUGUAUUAUAACAAAUAUUUAUGUGCAUACAUUGUACAUAAAGGCUAGGAUUAACUUUUUUUGUUCGUUGUAUCUUACCUUGGAAAGCUCUUUUAAAAUGUAUUGCAUUUAGAUUCCCAACAAAGCUACCUUUAGUGUGAAUUUUUGAGAGGUUAUCAAUUUCUGAUGCAGGGGUUUAAAUAAGGCUGCAAUUUAUUCAGUAGUCCCUUUUAGAUUGGUACCUCAAAGGGACACUGUUAGUAAGCCUGGACUUUAUUCACCUAGUUUUCUUUUUCUCUUUUUUUAAUUACUUUGAAAUUUUUCAUGUCUGUAACCAACUUUUUUUUUCUUUAAUGCAGUCUCAGUUUUUUUGUUUUGUUUUUAUUACUGAAGGAAAAAUCAAUGCCAGCAGCCUAGCAUUCUUGCAGCAACCCUACACUAACCUAUAUGAGAUGAGAGGGAGGGACAACCUGGUAAAGAAACAGAUUCAAGCCUCAAGCUUCCAAAGCAUUUUUAUAAAUGGAAAAGUAUUUAAAUUAUGAGAUACCUUGAUAGUGUCGUUUUUUAAAAGUCAUAACAUGUUUUUUUUAUCAAUACUGACGAUUGCUGUUUGAGUUUGAGAACUUCAUCUAGAAGAGAGAAGUAUUAAAGUAAUGCUAUAAUGCAUUAUUAAAGAAUCAUCAGUCAGCAAAUUAUUUAAUAGGCUGUUCUUAUGACAUGUAUACUGAUUGAGGAGAACCAUCAUGAGUCUGGAAUAAACACUGGAUUAAAUCCUU